AUGCUUCCACCAACAGUUUCAAGGUUUUCUUUGAGCCUUCACUCACCCUUUCAAAUCGUGAGUAUAACUUAACCGGUCCCUCCAACAAGCCUCGUUUGUUCUAUCCAUAGUCACUACGACCCGGAGAAUAAAUUAUUUCCAAGAAUCAAAAGAGGCAGAAUCCACACACUCACGCACAGACAGAAGCUCGAGGUCGCUCAAAAAGAAGCUCACACGAGUUGGCUCACGAUUGUGCCCUCAGGGCGAGAAGCUCACGGCGACGCCGGCGGCUGCGACAGCCUGGCCGCAUCGAUUCGUCUGCCUGUCUGCCGCCCUCCGGCUCUCUCGUCGGCUCUCCUGAAGACUACUACGAGCAUUUUCUGUUUCGCUUUUCUCAGCAACGCUUACACCCCUGUCCGACGGCACCUUCCUUGUCGACUGUCUCAUUUGGUGUUGCUCAUGUUAGAGCGAGGACGGUCUCCGCGAUUUUUGGUCCUAGAGAUAGACCUUAAUGUGCUGCUGACCCAAAAUUUCUUGUUUCAUGUUCUCACCCAAGCCUCCCUUGUCGUUGAUGUCAUCGGAGUUGCUCAUUCAGAAGUUUCGUGAAUAUUGGCUUGUCACAUUUGUCUUCGUAUUGAUUAUUCCUUUCAAGCAACGCUCAGAAUCCGACUUUUUUGGUUAUCCAAAAUUAACGUGUUGCCUAACUAGAGCAAAGUUCCUGGCAACUCUGGCAUUGGUCUUAGAUUUCCUGCUUGAAUUUUUUUAGCAGUGUCUAAAUUCAAGAUUGAACCUUCUCUCGUCCGUUUUUUACGUGUAUUGCUUAUAUUAGUACAACUCCUUGUCUUAUUCUGGUAAUUUUUCAUCCUUUUUCAGGACUCCCUUUAGGCGGUACUAAACUUUUUACAAAAAGCAUUGAAAUUGUAAUGAAUCAAGGUCUCUCUGGAACAGCUUUUAGGUGCUUAAAACGAUCCUUUUUUGAAAUUCACCAGUGACAUUUGUUAUUUGGUGACAAGAUAGGGACGAAUGAAUAUUUUCGUAGUGAGAUUGAACAACUGGCUUUUUUGUUUUGGUCAUGUUCGUUCGUACUUAUUUAUCGGCAGAAUUUCGGUCUUGGAAUACUAAAAUCUUUGUCUGAAAAAUAUUUUGAAUCCAAAUCUUCAUUUUUCACCUUUUUAUAGCAGUAGUUUUAUCAUUUUUUUUUUCUUUCAGCUGUUCUCUCUGGAACAGCUUUUAUGGCUUCAGAAGCCGUAAAUAGAAUUUAUAAGAUUAAAGUUAGUUUUCAAUCUUUUCAUUCUAGAAAUUCAGCAACUUUUUUCCAAUUUUUUGGCUCCCUAUUUAUUGAAAAACUUUUCGGCGUUGCUUUUGAGGAAAAGUUAUGUUUUUUUUCAUUCGUAAUUGAGUAUUUGUGCUCCGUAGUUCUAUACCCUUUCAAAGCGUUCACUUGAAUGGAAAACAUCUUUUUUUACUUCUAUUUGACAUUCAAGCCGUGAAAAAUGUUGUUUUCAUCGAUAAAUCUUCUCCCCAAGUCGAAUGAUUUAUAAUGUUUUCGAGUUUCAUCUUCCCUCGCUGAAUAUUCUCAAUGAUUUAUUUCGGUUUUUGUUGAAAAACCUUCAUUUUCUACUCAAGAAAAGAGUUAAUCUUUUAAAAGAUGUUUUAAAUUUAUCUAACAGAUACUCAGUAAGAAAAACAGGAUUUUUUUCUAAUUUAAAAAAAUUGUUGGACAUUUUUUUCAAAGGUUGAAUUAGGUUUGGUUGUUGAAAUUUUUAGAUUUUUAUUCCAUAUUUUUGAAAAAUAUCGAUGUUUGAUUUCACCGUUUUCUUUUUUUAAAAAAAGCUCGAAAAAGACGAGAUAAUUUCCGGACCUAAAGCGUCGGCCGAGCAAAAACGAAACUUGCAGAGAAAAUUGUCCACACGGAUCGUAUUUCCACUUUGUCGACUUUCCCACAACGCUUCCCAUAAUUAGUUUUGUUAUUUUUUGCUUCUUUUCGGCCAGAACUUGUUGUCUUGGCUUUCUAUACGAACUAUUCCAUUUCUUGAGAAAGUUUGAAUCAAAUGUAGAGUUUCUCGGGAAACGAUAUUAAACUAGUAGAGCUGAAAAGUCUGUGUUUCCCUUUUCGAGCUUAAAAAUAUCCUUUAAUAAUGAUUCAUCAUAUCAUCGUUGAAAAAUCAGGAAAGAAAUAUCCUUUUGAAGAUAAAUUUGCAAAAUUUUCUUUCUCUCCUAUGUUUCGUCACCUCAAACUGCGAAAGUUUGAAUUUUGAAAGUUUUCUCCUUUUUUGUGCUUUGUUCCAGAGUUUCUUGACGAGAAAGCGUCUUGCGACAAUUACCUGCGCGGCUCUUUCUUUUCCUUCUUUUUUUUUUCUUCUUUGGUUUUCGCAAAAUACUUCCUUUCCUAUGUUUUUUUUUCUCUUGCUCCACUGAGCGCUCUCAGAAAAAAGUUUCAUGUCCUUUUUUUGUUCUUGCAUUUCCAAAAGGUUCAAGACGGGUAAGGCUGAUUUUUGAAACCUCAACAAGAGUAUUGGUUUGAAAAAGCGACAUGAGAGUUUAUAAAGAAAAAUUUCGCAAAAUUUUCGAAGCUUGAAAAAGAAAAAAAAGGAGGAUCCAUUUUCAGGUUUACUUGUAAUGAAAGAUGUAGGAAGAAGCUGAUUUAUAGCUUUUAAAAUAAAUGUUAUAAAUCAAAUGCUGAUUAUUGGGAAAAAUCGUGAGGCAUUCUAAUAAAGUAUAGACCUUUUUGUAAUAUUUAAAGAUCUUUACGCAAAGAAAAAUGGCUCGAAGCCUUUUUUUCUUCGUCUUGUUCUUGUUUUCACGAGUUUUGAGUCGAGAUAACAAUGGGAGCCGUGGAAUAAUUCAGGUGGCUUUUGGGGGCCUACCAGUCGGAUAAAUUGGCAACUUGACACCGUCCCGUUGCUCAGUUUACUUGCAAUUCCCUUCAAGCACAAUUGUACUUGUUCUUUUUUCUGACAAAGGUUGUUUUCUGGAGGAAAAAUCUUUCUCAAAAUCUAGCUGAAAUCUAGAAAGUUCUUUCUGAAAAUAUUGUAUUUUAGAAAAUUUUUUGGAGGCUCUGAAUAUCGCAGCUAUUGGGAGAAAGAGAAUUUUGACUUCAAAUUAAUUGGGUCGUUACGCCGGAGAAUAUUAAAAUUUUCCUUUUUUUUUCAUCGUUAUAAAAUAAAUGAAUCGGUAAAGCUAUCGUUAAUAUUCGAAAUUUUUCAUUUUUAGAGUCGCUUCAAACUUCAGAAGCCUUUCACCUCAAAUAGACCUGUGAAGAAUAAAUCCGAGAACAUUCGCAACAUUUUUUUUAUUUGUCUAGGCUCCGUCAUCGCAUCAGCUGUAAUUAAGCGUCUUUCCAGCCCGUUUCUUUUCUUUUUUCUUGUCUGUUUUUUUCAUUUUGUAUAUCCAGAAAAUGGGCAGCUCAUUCGAUGGAUAAAAAGCCACUAGACGCGCAUUUUCAAUUGCAAAAUUGCAAUCCGAUUGAAUAUCGUCAACCAUCGCAACACGUUUAUUUCGUUUUUUUUCGGGCUACGUGAAUUUUGUAUUUAUUUUCGAGUGAAUUGGUUGUUUUGUAGGGAUUUUUGGAAUGUUUAUCCCUAAUUGAAAAAUUAUGUAGCUCUUUUUCUAUGCAGGGAGACUGGAUUUAUAUAUUCAGAAGGGAUUUUUAAAUUUGAGUUCCAUUUGUUUUUCAUUUCUUCUAGCUUCGGUAAACGGAUAAUUCUUCAAACAUAGUUUUCUAAACUUUUUUUAGAGCUUCUCAGUAAUCUUUUUGUGACCCAAAAAAAUUCCGUUAUUCUGUUUUUUUGGGAUUUUUUCUUUUCUGCCUUUUUUCAGUUCUUUUUUUUUAAAUGUUAGAUGAUUAAAAUGCAACCAACAAGUUUUGGAUUAGUCGCUACGGCUUUUUUGAUCUUCAGAAAAAAAGUUCUCUGUCGUUUUUUUUUUUUGAAAACUAAAUCAGGUACCAAAUGUUUCGAUCUUUUUGGAAUUUAUUUUUUGUUCUCUUUUUGAGGUCCUUCGUGGCUCAAAAUUGUUUCAUCUAUAGUGCAAAGACUGCAAUUUCCUUGACAAAUCUCCAAUUCUUUAUAAGCCUCGUCGAAAAAAUGUUGUAUUUCUUCUUUCACUUGUCCGCCUCAUCAUCUUUUGCCGUUUCAUCCAUUUCGGAUGCUUUCUUCAUGAAAAAGCGACGUUUUUCCCCAGGAUCGGCUCAUUUUUUACGACGUGUCUCUUCAUUCCAACCAUCUUCUAGAGCUAAAAGCGAAAAAUAACGUCAUAACCAACCUGGAAAUUACUAUUUUCCUCUUUUCCGAGUAGAAAUUUGUCGGAAUAUCAAAAGUCGCAACGGCUGUGGAAGUUCAUUUCCUGCAUAAAGGGUCCCGCCCACUCCGAUGGCGGUUCUCUCUUUUAAUCGACUCUUUUUUUCUUUUUUUUUUCAACCAGAUUCCCUUCCCAUUCUUUUUUCUUUUUUUGGCUUUCGCCUUGUUACUGAGGUUCUCUGCUCGCAGCGUUUCGCGAUCUUUGAUCUGCCUUCAAAUAUUUUAGUAGCUUUUUAUCAAAUAGUGUUUCAUGCUUGGGUUUUGAAAAUUAGAAGGUCUAAAAAAAUAAUCAAUAUCUUGGAAAUGAAAUUCUCAAAUAUUUUUACGAUAUGAUCCUCAAACGAUUAUAUUUCAGGCUCCAAGCAUUCAAAAUCUUCGAGCCUUUUUCUUUUCUAUUUACGCCUUGUUGAAGUUUAUUUUAUAGAUAUUGCUCAAAAAAAUGAUUCGAAACGAAUUGCCAACCAUGAAGGAAAAACAUUCUUCCAAUAUCUUCAUUAUCAAUUUAUUUUUCGCAUAAGUCGAUUUUUUUCAACCCUCUCGGGCUCUUCGGAAGAAUGAUGGUUCUGAACAGCUGUGCUGAAGAAUUUUUUGAUGUUCGUUAAAUUUUUAUUUGGUUGGGAAACAGCUUGGCGGCAGCCGAUUGGCUUUCUUAUAGGCGAAAUUUGAAAAAUAGCUGAAAUUUGGAUAUUUUCAUUUUUUCUAAAUUUCUUUGUUUAACCGUUUCGGCGAAUCCUUUGUUCGUGACCAUAAAUCAAAGUAAAAAGACCGCAAUUCAAAGUGAGAAGCCUGUAUAAAAAAUUUUUAGAAGUUGGAAGAUUGUUUAAGGAAUUGAAUGCACUUUUUUUUGGACGAAAUUCACAAAUUUUUUCUCUUUAUCUUCUGUUUUGAAAAUAUUUUUAUCAUCUAUCCCCUACUUGUUUCUAUUUCGACCUGAAUUCGUCGAGUUGUCUCGAAGUCUCACCAGAAAGUCUUCAGAGACGUCGUCGUCCGGAGGCGACGCCGAGGAGCGAACGGCGGCGACAAGCGCGACGAGACGUGCUCCGCGUCACGCAGAUUCACGCCGAGCUGGGGCUCAUCGCGUAUGUCCCGAGCGGCGCGACUUCCCACUCGCAGCCCGAUCGUCGGCCUUUUCCAGCUCAUCGUCUUCCUCGCCGCCAACAUGCCUGGUACGUCUUCAGAUAACAGUUGAUAUCAAUAUAGGAAAUUGUCUAGUUACAAGUUUUCCGCAAGUUCCCUUCCGUCUGCUAUAGUCUGUCCGCCGCGACUUGACGGUUCUCGGGUGUCUGCGUUUCUCUGUUCCCUCACCGGCGAGGUCGCAGAAACGCGAAAAUAGCGCGUCAACAAGAGAGGGUCUUCGAGAGACGAGGAGGGCGCAGAGAAGUCCCGUCCUUCCAAGUCGCGAAAAACGUACUGUAACUUUCCGGCGGGCAUACAUUGGCAGACUAUUUUUAAAGACCGUUUCCAAAGGCUUUCUUCAUUUUUAGAUAUUAGAGAGUCUACAGUGAAAAAAAAAAUGGAUGACAUCAACUGAAACAUAGUUGUUAUUUUAAAUGGGGUAUCAUUACGACCUCAAAAGAUAUGUAGUUUCAUCUUUUUUCGCCCUUCAGAAACAUAUUUGAAGUGGUCGUUUGUCAAAUUUAAAACUCGCAAUUAGGAAGAGAGGAAACGAACAACUGCAACAAUAAAACAAAAACUUUCGAGCUUGACUUUUGAAUAGGAAUAGGUUUGAAGCGAGUAUGGACUGUUAAAUGGACCGUUCACUUUUUGGUGUUUUGGUCUCAAAAAACAAAAGCUGUUUCUAUAGAAUUUUCGAGGAAGAGGAAUUGAAAAUUUAUGUGAUUUGCUAGAAAAGAAGAAAAUUGGAAAAAAAGGAUUGUUUCACGUUUUUCGAAUUUAUAUUUCAAGCCAUCGACAAUAAAACUCACGUUUCUAACCAGAAUCUUUACAGAAGCUGUCCAGAGAAAGAUAGGCUUCAAAUUUUUAGUUCAAAAAAAGUUUGAAAUAGGUAUUUGUAGGCGGGUCCGAUACUUUGUGUGUUCGAAUAUUGUUUGGUCUUGUUUUUUUCAGAAUCAUUCUUUGUUUUUCAUAAUAGUUAUGGUGGUCUAAUUAUUUCAAGUGGUCUUUUUAAUCUUUUUUUGUUCAGAUUUAAAAAAAUUGAAAAAGACAAAUUUAAUAAAACUUGAUCUAUAAAUCCUCUAUUGAUUUUUUUCCUUAAAAAGUUUUUCGCAUGGAAAUGCUUCUUCUCAGGGUGUUGACAACAAUAUUCGACAUCAUGCCCCUAUGUUUGCAAGAUUUAGUGCCCCUAUAGAGGGAGGUAAGGUAGUUUCUGGAGGAAGAAUUUCAUGUGCCCUUAAAGUUGCCCCUCUAGGGACCAAUCUGGCAUUUCUAAGAUUCUUUACGUCUCUUCCCAUCAAUAAAUAUCGAUACGAAUUUGCAGGUACAAGUGCAAUUGGCUGCUUCGUUUGCAGCUCGUUUGACGGCGACAACAAAGCUUGCGAGGAUCCCUUCAAUUCCACAAUGGACGCCUCAAUGCGGGUACCUUUUUCCAUAUUUCGUGGUGAGAACCCCAAGAAUGUAGCUCAACCCAAGUCUCGUGUAGUUUUUUUCAUAAUAAAUAAGGAGUUUUUAAAAAUAGACAUUUUUUUGUUUUUUUGUAUUCAUCGUAUAGGUCUUACUUAGCUGAAAAAAAUUCCAGAUUUCUCAUUAUUUGUAUCGAUACGGAAAUUUUUCUUUUUUCUGAUUUUUGUCAGUAAUUAUUAUUUGAAAUAAUUAAUCAAUGUGCGGAGAUAAAAAAAAUGGUUGGUUUUUUCUGAAGAACAGCUUUUUUUAUAUCUUUAUUCCUGGGAUUGCCGAGCCUAUUUUUUCGGGUUUUCGAGCUCUUUUUGGUGGAAUAGUAACCGCCUUUUUUUAAGGCACCUAGUUUAUUUUUCAAGUUAAUUAAAUUGAAAGAGAAUGAAUUUUUUUAAAAAAACUUCCGUCUUCUUGAAAAAUACCCAGGAGCUUGUUGUUUUUAAAAAAAAUUUAUAUGAAUGUAACAAUGUAAAAUAAAUUUUGAAACAAAAAUUGGAUAAUACACGUCAAAAAAAUGAAGAAUAUACAAGAAAUUCCAACAAUUUGAUUAUUUCAUUGAAUCAGGAACGAGAAUCGUCCUCGGUGCCCAACUACAACCAUCCGUGUUGGGCCCACAAAAAAGGCCGAAAUGGACUUUUCCCGGCGGAUCACUGCAUCAAAAUCAUCGGCUACCGGUGUAAGUCAUUUUUGAGAUGGCUCUCUGCCGACUUGCUGACGUAGGCAAAUGACGCAGAUCAUUUGGAGGAAAAGGAAGCGAAAUUGCUGGGUUUGGAUGAUUGCCAACCUCAUUCUUCUCUUUUUUCUUUCCUGCUCUCAUUUUGACACUCGUUGGGGGAAAUGGCUUGUUGCCAUGAUUUGGAAUGCAUUCGAAACGGGGAAAGAUGAAGAGUUGCAGCGGACAACGAGUCGAAGACGUUGGUGAUCAGAACUUGCGCCCUCGAUUCGGGUACCCUCACCGCAGACACGGGUCAGUUUCCGGAAUCAAAGGGGUCUUUGAAAAAAAAAAGUAGCUCAAAAUGGUCUUAACAAAAAUUAAUUAGGAAGGUCAUUUUUCUGUUUCCAAAGAUCGAGUUGCCAGAUAGAAGUCCUAAAAGUCUCAACCUGCACAAAUUCCCAGUUUUUGAGUACCUCAAAGUCAAAGAGAACCGUCAAAUUAGGCUAUUUCGCGGCUUUGAUCCCUAAUUUUUUUGUUGAAUUUUGAAACUUUCAGACCUUCAUCUGUUAAAGAGUGUUCUAGCCAAUUUUCAGGAAAUUCUAAAUCAUAAGUUAAAAUGAUCUUCUUUGGGAAUCGUCAGGAGGAGCUGAAGAGGUUCCGCUAAAAAGCUAAUAAAAUAAUAGAAAUAGCUUUUUUUCGAAGCUUUAGAGGAUCUUUUUCGAAUUUUUUUGGAAUAUUUUUUUAGUUGCAUGCUAACAUCUUUUUUUAUCGAAGGAACGAAGUAGGCUUGAAAAAAAGACAUAUUCAGUUCAAAAACUUAUCUAAUUCCAUCUGAACGACUUUUCUAAAAAUCACAUAUUAAAUGGUUCGACUGUGUUGCGCUGUUCCUUAAGUUGCGAAAAAAAACGGCUAUCGAGCUUAGGCAUUCAAAAGAGAAAAUUUUCUUUGAGCCAUUUUGGGCGACUAUGGGUUUAGGCCUAGACAUGAAAAGUUUGUGCAAGAUAUUAUUUGGACAGGCGCAAAAAAAUACGAGCGAUGCCUAAGCAGAAAGCAAAGAACUGAUUUGCAGGAUGCAAGAAGAUUUUUUUUUUUAUUGAAUGUCAAUGCAAACUGCAUUAUUUCGUAAGAGUAAUUUACCUCAACUGAAACACUAAUUUUUCCAGAGAUCGUGAGGAUUUCGCACUGCGGCAGCUUCAAGUACGAGGGCCAUCAGUACAAGGGAUGCGUGCAGUCGUGCGACUCCGACGGCUGCAACCGCGCCCCGAACGUCAGUCCCAUCGGCUUCCUUCUCGCCGUCUUCGCCUUCAUCUGCACUUUACGGUUACCGGUCUAG